AUGCCCAAAUUCUCACUCGCCUUUUCUUCCCCGCACUCGCAGUCCUGCAGCGAUGGAUCCAAGAAUGAGACGGGAUUAAUGAAGCCUACGGUCUGCUUGCACAUCCAGAAUCUUGACAACAGAUUGGAAGAUGAUGAGAAAAAUCAACAUGCAGGCAGAUUGAAAAACAGCUAUAUCUGCGUCGCUGGUAUCAUCCCCGCUCGUUCCAACACGAACAAACAGCGAAUCAAGAAGACUGUGAAAAGCAGCGAAAUCAGUGAAGAGCGGCGACACUUUUGCACGCACCUUCUUGAAGGAAAUCAAAGUAGAGCAGUCGACGAGUUGAUUGGCAACACCAACAACAACAACAACAACAGCAUUUGCUUCCUUUCUAUUGUCGUCGAAAACCACGCAUUUUCUAUCAAUGGAUACAUGGCAACAACAUCAAUCACAGCAGCAAGACUUCCAUCUCUCUCCCUUUCUCGACAAUUAAAAACCCCCUCCCCAUCAAAAACCCCCAGAUGA